UUACUCACUAUUUUUCUUACAUUUGGAGCCCCUAAAAUACUUCAGAGUGAUAAUGGACGAGAAUUUGUUAACUCCAUUAUUAAGGAAUUAAAGGAUCUGUGGCCACAAUGUACGAUAGUCCACGGCCGACCACGUCAUCCCCAAAGUCAGGGAAGUGUUGAAAGAAGUAAUCAAGACAUUGAGAAUAUGAUUCGUGCUUGGAUGAAGGAUAACCAAUCUAAAAAAUGGUCGGUUGGAUUACAAUUUGUACAGUUUCAAAAAAAUUCGUCUUUCCAUCGAAUAAUAGGACGAUCGCCGUAUAAAGCAUUAUUUGGAUGUGAUCCGAAAAUUGGAUUGUCUUCAUCAAAUCUUCCAUCAGAAAUAAUAAAAAAACUAACCACUGAAGAACAUCUUGAAGAAAUUUUAAAUAAUAUUCAACCUGAACAUGAAAAAGAACAGAUUACAUCAUAUUGUAGUAUUUGCAAUACAGAAAUGUUAACUGAGGUUGAAUUUGCCGAAACUAUUAUUUGUGAUUUAUGUAAAACUAGUGAAAAAAUAAACAAACAACGUCAACUUGGAUAUCAAGGACAAGAAAAAGCAGCUGAAAUCAUGUUAAAGGUCAGCCAAACAAGGGUUCCUGAUUUACAAAUUGGCGAUUGCGUCUUAAUAACAGUACCUAAAGUAGAUCGAGGACCGUCAGAUCCUGCCAAUGUAAUUGCAGUUAUUGUCAAUCAGAACGAACAUAAACUUCACCAACUCGGAACUCAGUAUGGCUUAGUAAAAGGGUGGUACAAUUCAGCAAGUUUAAAACCCGCGACAUCUAAUUUUUUUAAAAUUACCGAAGUUAAUAAUGAUAAAGAACUUACAUUACGUGAAACAGUUUCUCAUAUUUCUGGGGGACAAGGUUUUUUAAGUUGCAUUUGUAAACGCCAAUGUGAAUCAAAACGUUGUGCUUGUUUUAAAGCUUCGGUAAAAUGCAACAGUCGUUGCCAUAGCUCUAGUAUUUGUAAAAAUAAGUAA